GUCACGGCUGACGACGGCUAGCGAUGGUGAUUAGUUUGGUGCGAAAGAUACUCUCGCGUGACUGCUGCCCUAAAAUGUGUGCUGAUGUGAGUGGUGUUAAAGGAAAAAAUAGCUCCACGGAGCUCUCUUUGGGUUAACGGGAGAAGACAACGUAGUGACGGAAAAAUAAGACAUCGACAGAAAUUUAUGUUCGUUUAGCACAUAUCUCCUGAAUUUAGGCUAAUUGUGGAUCGGGAUACGUUUUUCAGUUGUUCGAAGAAUCGGAGUACCGAAAUUUUGUUGGGAAAAUUGUGCAAGAAUAUGGUGCGAGACGCUUUCGAACAUGGGAGCAGAGAUUUUUCCUUUGAGUUCUCGUACAUGCUGGGGUGUGUUUAUUUUAGUGAGCUCAGCCAUUUUGGAAAAUAAUUUUCUUUCAAAUUAGUGAAAAUAUGCGUAUAGAGUGGGGUAGCAAAAUGUUAGACAAUGGUGUGAUUAGAUGUUAAAUUAGUUAAAAUUAUCGGGGAGGAUAAAAUAGCUCAAUUGAAUCCGCGAUAGGGUAUCGAUAUGAGCAGAAGCCGUCGUUCGUCGUUUGGACAUAGCCAUUAUCAGCAGCAAUUUACUGUGACAUCGACCAUCAAUUAUGGGGAUGGUUUGUGCGAUAACGAGGCUAGUGGGCCACAGAAUGGAGCUCCGUCUCCGUCGAGAUUUAGCGAAUCAUCCUAUUCAAAUCUUGGAACCAGAUUAACGGCCUUUGUGUCACCUCCCGGCAGCGAAUGUUAUCGAAAAGACGAAAAUUUGCGGCCCUGCUGUAUUACUUCACCAGUCUCAGCUGUGCCACCAACAGGCGAUCGAUAUUCCACCAGCUCAGCCCCCACGUCUAUUAUUGCUUAUCCUGAUAACAGAAAUGCACCACAUCAUCGUUCGAUGUCGCCCAGCUCGAGGACUCGCUAUCCGGUUCCGGAACGUUUUCGGGAUCCUCCGCAGUCGAAAACGGAUCAAUACGGAAACUAUUUGAUCAAUAAUCCCCCACUGAUUACUGGCUCGGAGAGUUACAGUUAUCUAACAUCCACUGUGCAUACGCCUGUUAAAAGAUAUAUACCCACUCCUCCACCACCGGAGAACUAUCAGCAGGAAAUGGGCUUGGGACCGACACUAAUGGCGGGAUUGAUUGCUUCGAAGGGAGGAAUAAACAUCAUCAAUCAAGGACUUCCAAGAGCGAGUGGAGUGAGUACACUUCCCUAUCGCUUGAAGGUGGAAUCCAAAACGUCACAGGUGCAGCACAUAGCAGAAGAUGUUACCGACCACUACGCAACGCCACCUCGUGCAAGACCCGUAAACUGCCAACAACCGCUUUGUACAUUUACUCAAACCGCAACGCUCGGUCGGCAAACGCGGCAACAGCUUUGUCCUGGCGGUCCAGACUACACCAUGCUUCGAACCCCAACGCCAGUAAGUAUCAUGAGUGAACCAAUGAAUCCGAACCCGUCCGAUGAGGACAAUUGCUACCACUGUAAUAGCCUACGUAGAGCAACCGGUGUUCACCAAACAACCCAAACGUCUGGUCCAAUAAGCCCCCAACCACUGUCCAUUUCCUCGGUCUCGAUGUCCGAAAUGGAACGCCAAUCUCCGCUUAGCCCACCGUCACUAGUGUCACACACAACCUACUCCCAUCAGCAUCCUCUCGUAGUGACGGGCGACGACGGCACAGGCCGAAGUGCUUCAUCCCUAAUAAUUUCCCAGUCACACACACUCAACAGCUCCUGCAGCAACCCUUCCAUCAUAAUCCAGUACCAACAGCAGCACAUUCAGCAUCAGCAAAUCCAACAGCAGCCUCUCUAUCAACAGCUACAGCAACUGCAACAACAGCACGCACAACAACAACAGCAACAGCAACAACAAUCACUGUCACUUCAGCAAAUAGCUCCACCACGUCUUCAACCAGACUCCACACCAUCGACGCUUCAACGCAACACGCAACAGAUUCGAACAAGGCUCUCGCACAAACAACGCGUCAAAGAGUAUCUCCGUCGAAGCACGUCCCAGUUCUUCGGAGUAGAUCAGCUCAACGAAGACUACGAACAGCAAAAAUGGGAAGACCGUCAAAAGCGUCUAGCAGUGCGUCGUUUCGGUUCGCUCAAAGAGGAAGUCGUCAUGGGAAGAGUGAACGAAGUCAAUGCAGACGUUCUGAACGAGCACAGUGAUAGACCGGACGUAUUACCGGCCCAAAGCCAAGACGAACCGGAAACGGAGCAAAAUAGAAGGCAGCGCUUCAACCCGUACUAUAGACACGACGGCAGCGAUGGCUAUCACGUUGAACGGAAGCCUUCGGUUUCAGAGAUGAUUGCCAAUGGAAUGGUAUUCUUCGUUCAGAGCUUAAGAAAUCGACUAGCACGUAGACAGAAACAAUGGUCCCGCAGUUUCGCCCCCGCUCAUGUGGCACUAAACAAUGAAGAUAACGACCUAUGUGACGGACUUACACCGAUCAACGAUGAUGAGUUGUUUUUCGACAUUCCAACUCUCAGUAAUCAGCAACAGAUGGCUGAACAGGACCUUGGAGCUGAGGACGCCAGACAGAUUUAUCUGAUCGACCCAAACAGAGCCACAGUUGGAACAGGCUGGAGAACAAGAUCGGCAGAGAUCCAAAUGCAGCAACAACAUACGAAUCGAGCUAGGAACCCUCCCUAUCAGUACUACGGUCAACGUAUUGCAGCCCACGUACUCGAUAGCGUUCUGGAUAACUCGAGACGACCUUCGGGGCACAGUAUCAAACUUCUAAGGCCUAACGCGUUAGAUGAUCGCUACGACUACCGGCCGUUCUUCACGUACUGGCUGAAUAUCACACAGCUUCUGGUACUGCUUCUAGCCAUACUGUGCUACAGUAUCGGACCCAUCGGAAUUGGGUACGAGCAGAAGAGCAGUCAAGUUCUCGUCACGAGCUUGAGUUUGCAAACGGUGCAACACUACGAGCAGCGGAACGUGUGGAUCGGGCUGCGCGGUGACGAUCUGGUACAUAUAGGAGCCAAGUAUGGGCCCUGUAUGCGACGGGAUGCCCGAAUCAUGGAAUUGAUAUCGAAGACGCGCAAACAAGAACGCGAAACGGCCUGCUGUAUACGAAACGACGAUUCCGGAUGUGUUCAGAGCUCCCAGGCGGACUGUUCGGUGCGCGGACUGUGGCCUACGACAAUAUCAACAUGGAAGAAGUGGUCCCCGGGAGAUUCCGGACCUGGCGGACGAAUAUCGGGAAGCGUGUGUGGUCUGGACCCGAAGUAUUGUGAAGCGCCGGCCUCGAUAGCACCGCACGAGUGGCCCGACGACAUCACCAAAUGGCCUAUCUGUCGCCGGAACAACCAGGUGUCCCAGAAGUUCCGCUUCAAGGACCACACGGCCGAACACAUGGUGUGCGAGGUGAUUGGGCAUCCGUGCUGCAUGGGCAUUUCCGGCGAGUGUCGGAUCACCACCCGGGAGUAUUGCGACUUCGUUCGGGGAUACUUCCACGAAGAGGCGUCCCUCUGUUCGCAGGUUUCUUGUAUGAAUGACGUUUGCGGGAUGUUUCCCUUCAUCGGUGCGGAACUGCCGGAUCAGUUCUACAGGCUGUUCACGUCACUGUACCUUCACGCCGGUAUAAUGCACAUCGUGCUUACACUUGCCUUCCAGCACAUUCUCCUAGCGGAUCUGGAGCGUCUGUUGGGAUCCCUCCGGACGGCGAUUCUGUACAUCGGUUCUGGCAUAGCCGGCAACCUGACUAGUGCCCUGUUUGCGCCGUAUCGACCGGAGGUUGGACCACUGCCAUCGCUAGCGGGAUCGCUAUCGUCUUUGUUAACCCUUCUUAUCCUGUGCCACUGGCGAAAUCUGAAACGGCCCCAUUUCGCCCUGCUCAAACUUUUAGUGGUAGGUUUCCUGGUGUUCGUAGUGGGUACUCUGCCCUGGCAGCAGAACUUUACCGGUUUGGUGUCCGGAAUGAUCUUCGGCACCACCUUUACCCUAGCGCUGACACCGUACUUGACGGUUCGCAAACAUAGCCGCAAACGGAAGGUUAAUCUCAUCUGGACCUGUUUCGUGCUGCACUUCAUCCUGUACAUGCUUAUGUUUCUGGUGUUCUACCUAUUUUCGGCGCCAUUUUCGCUCAACUUUGUCGACGGCAAUCAGAUCGCCAGCAUCAACGACAACAAUGGAGGUUUGCACGAGCACACGAACCCGUACGACACGUUCAACUACUUCAACAACAAGAACAGUGGAGGAGAUCCGGGCUCGGGAGGCAACGGGGGAGCAGGACAGAACAACGGCCACAGGGAGUACGAUCGGGGUGGAGGUCGUGGAGAUGGUCGCUAUGGAAACGGAGGCGGUGCUAUCAGUAUGUCGGGCGGGACGAUCAAGAACAUUAAUCCGAAAUACAAUAAUGGAGGAGGUGGAGGACCGGGAGGGAACGCUAAUCUUAAUGCUAAAACUAAUAGCCAUAGUCAUAAACUGGUAGCUAUAUGUGAAAAGGGACAGUGCAAUCCGCGUCCGAACGCAUGACGUCGUCGGUGUAUUUUAUAGUUUUUCCCAUUGCAGUUGGUUUACGUUCUACUUUUCAUUCUGGUCAUUAUUAUUGUCACGUUACAUGAUAACGAAUAUAUACUGAUAUACUAUAUAUAUUGAAGAAUAAAGAACGCAGGUAAAAUCAACAUCAUGUACA